GUGGUAAAAGAAAUUCAAGCUGUGACGAAGAAGACAAAAUGCUUUUUUAAAAACUUUCUUAAAGUAAUAGUCAAUUUAUGCAGAAGGCAAGCAAAGAGAAUAUAUGAAAUGUAACGCAAUUGCGUACAUAACAAAUCUUUAAAAUGAAGGGUUGACUUUGAAAUCUGAUUUUGGAGGUACAUUUCGUGGUACCAUUAGAAAGCUGGAGUCCUUCUCUCUCCAAAUAUAUUCAUUUUAGCUGCCGCUAGCUUGUAGUUUUUGAGUUAUUUUAAGUUAAAGUUUUUCAAUUUUUUAACGACAACGCCAUUUCCCUACGAAGAUAAGAACUGACUUCAAUUGUUUUACUUUAACAAAGGCUAUAUUACUUAAAACGGAGAAACCUUUUAUUUGGUUGUUAUGGUUCAAGGGACGAUGGUUGCUUAGGGAAAGUGUCAAUUUAUGUCAAUAUUUAAUGAAAACAUAUGCAAUCUGCAAUUUAUAAUUUAAUGUAAUUCAACAAAUCUAUUAUUUAAUUUUUAUAAAAUGUGAACUCAAUGUUGCUUCGUUGGCUAAAAGAGUUUAAAAUCGUGUAAACAUUGCAAUGGCCGAUGUCGAUAACCCAACGAGCAAUUAAUCACGAUUCAGACAAUUUUCGACAUCAUUAUUUGCGGUACUUUUGUGCAGAAUUCCUUCUCGCGUAGGUGACCUUUAGUAGCGUUUCAUAAAAAUAAGCCUCAUCAGUUGAACUCUGGCUACGCUGUCUCCGGUAUUUUUGGGCGGAACUUGUUCUGCCUGGACGAACUUCGUUCUAUCCCUUCAUCAGUCCGCUCCAGUUUUUCAAAGAAAAGUAUUAUCUGUUUGGUUUGCUGGGUGUUUUUCUUUUCCUUCCACAUUUUCCUUCACAAUGGCUGUUUGACAGUUCAAUGAUUGUAAUAGUUAAUUGCCUGGAAAUAACCACGGAAAUAUAGUAAAACGUUUAAAUUACUAAUUCUAAUUCAAAUAAUUAAAAAACGUUAAUAUUACAAUCGUAAUAGUGUCAGAAUGGUGUAUUUGAAUUAUUAUAUUUCUGCUUUUCGCGUUUAAGCGAAACAACGCAGAUUCAUAUCCGCGAUUUGUGGCACUUACACACAGUUUUUUUAAAUAAGUAAUAUUAAAACAAAAGUUACUUUUAAAGAAAAAUGCGAUCUUUUAGCACUGGGAGAAUGUGAAAAACAUUAAAAUCUGUCGACCCAUUUCGACAUAAUAAGCCAUCGGUGUAGCAAUAAAGGAUAGCCAACCCUUUAAAACUGCUCUAUCAAAUUAUGCUAGCGCAUUGAGGAGGUAAACAACAAUAUCAAAAUACUACCCAACAACUAGCGGACAAGAGACAUAAGUAAUUUCUAUCGUGAGGCAGACGAUAGCACAAGACAGCGGCGUGUAAUAGUAGAGGUGAGUGCGUUGAUUGUUGGAGCUCUGAUGAGUGGUAAAGUAAAUCGCUACAACAGUUCUCUACCACACAACCGGAACGCAGGUAAGAGCUCCAAAAGCGAUUGAACAGAGAGGUGAGAAAGCACGGUCUUAACGGCAGCAGUGCAGUGGUAGCAAGAGAAAAGCUUGCGGGCCAGAGCGUGUACGAGAGCGUUUUAGCGCGACGAGAGUGUGUUGUUGACGUGUGUGUAAGUAAAGAGACUCAAAAUUGAUAAAAACAACAGGAAGGCUGCUGCAACUGGUACCUCUUCCGAGGACCAGCCGCCGCGCAAAAAAGGACGACGUUCAGCAGGAGGAUCAACAGCAGCAGCCGCAGCAGGAGCUUCAAUAACGACGACCGGAACAGCAGCAGCAGCAGCAGCAGCAGUAGAAUCUAGUAGCAGUAGUCUCAGUACGAGUGUGUCUAUUGACGCAGAAACAGCGUCGACUUCACGAGCGGCACAACAGCAGCGACUGAAUCAAAAUACCCGUGAGAAGCAAAUCGAAGGUGAACCAAACAGUAGUAAUUGCAUAAACACCGAAACAAUCGAGAAUAUACAAGAAAAUACAACAAAAAGCUCCCCAAUUAGCAGUGAUAGUGUUGUGGGCGCCGUCUGUGGCGCAGACGUUGAGCGUAACAUUGAAGAAAUUGAACAAAGUACUAAUUGUAAUAGUGGUAAAGUAACAACGAAAAUGCAAAACUCGGCAUUGAAUCCCGCAUCAUCUAGCGCGUCAUCGUCGGGUUCGAAUUCGGGCGUGGGUUCCGCGUCCGUGUCCGCUUCUGGUGUCGCUUUGGUUGGCAACUCAUCGUCAGCUAAUUCGGCAGCUGAUGGUGUUGGCGGUGGUGGGGGUGGUAGUACAUCUGGACCUGCUGCGGAUUCGCAGGCUAUGGCGCCUAAUUCGGUAAAUUUAUCGACAUCAACGUCGAACGGACACGACACAAAACACAAUGGAUUUACAGGCACCAAUGAGAGUGAUAAUGCGGAUGCACAAAACAAUCACGAUCAAUCGAUCGUGGCGGUCGCCAAUCACAAUUUUCGCUUGGAUAAGGCCAACCAAGAGAUUAUACGAUUGAUUGGUCAAUACUUACAAGACAUUGGCUUGGACAAAUCGGUGAAGACUCUAAUGACCGAAUCGGGAUGCUAUUUGGAGCAUCCAGCUGCAUCGAAGUUCAGAGAGCAUGUCCUGUCAGGCGAGUGGGGAAAAGCAGAUGCUGACUUGAAGGAGCUUGAACCACUCAUUGACAAUGGCAAACACUCGACUAUCAUAGAAAUGAAGUUUUUAUUAUUAGAGCAAAAGUACUUGGAAUUCUUGGACGAUGGUUGUCCAUUGGAUGCUUUGCAUGUGUUGCGCAAUGAGCUUACACCGCUACAACACAACACAUCACGUGUUCAUCAACUUUCCUCAUAUAUGAUGUGUUCGAAUAACCACGAUCUCUAUCAACGCGCGAAAUGGGAGGGCAAGGGCAUAUUGUCGCGCGCUGUGGUCAUGGACCGAUUACAGGGAUUCCUGCCACCAUCGGUUAUGAUGCCGCCACGUCGUUUACGUCACCUACUGCAUCAGGCUGUUGAAUUACAGUCGGAGCAUUGCGAGUUUCACGACAUGGCCUUUAAAACGAAUUUACAGAGCGUAUCCUUGCUCAGUGAUCACAACUGCGACACCGAUGGCUUUCCCAUGCAGACCAUACAAGUACUCACCGAUCACUGUGAUGAAGUUUGGUAUUGUAAAUUCUCGCCAGAUGGCUUGAAACUCGCCACAGGAAGUAAAGAUUCCUCAGUUAUAUUAUGGGAUGUGGAUCCAUAUAAAUUAACGCUGAAACAUCGUCGCAUGUUAGAGGGGCAAUCCUCUAUAAGUGUGGCUUUUGUUAGCUGGAGUCCAGAUUCUAAGCUUUUGUUGGUGGGUGGGCCCGAUGAUACGUCCGAAAUUUGCAUAUGGAAUACAGAUGAUGGCAAACUGGUACUAAAAAUGUCGCAAUCGGUGGAUGAUAGUCUAUCGUGUGGUGCUUUCAAUCGCGAUGGUACACGUUUCGUUUGCGGUGGCCAAAAGGGACAGUUCUAUUUGUGCGACUUGAGUGGUACGAUUCUCAAUACAUGGGAAGGCGUGCGCAUCAAUAGCGUUGCAUACCGAGCCGACAAUAAAACUAUCAUAGCAUCCGAUAAUCAUUAUCGUAUCAGAGGCUACAAUUUCGAUGAUCCGGGUACAGACUUCGACAUACUCAAGGAACCGCAUCCGAUCAUGACCUUCACCGUAAACUCCGCCGAUCGUCUAGCGUUGCUCAAUAUUUCCAGCCAAGGACUGCAUCUAUGGGACUUGGAGGAUAAGUGCCUUGUGCGUCGGUUUCAGGGCAUACGUCAAAGCAAAUUUGCCAUACACUCUUGCUUUGGAGGAGUAAAUGAGAGUUUUGUGGCGAGUGGUAGCGAAGAUAAAUUGGUUUGUAUUUGGCAUAUACGACGCGAAGAGCCAUUGGGAAAGUUGGCAGGCCAUACAAAAACGGUGAAUUGUGUUUCCUGGAAUCCUGUGUAUCCGUCCCUAUUAGCAUCGGCCAGUGACGAUGCCACCGUACGCAUUUGGGGUCCGAAAUCGCACAGUGCGAAUGCAACACCCGAGAGUGAUGACUGCUCAUCAUGUUCAUCGUCAUCAUCAUGGAAUAUGACAUCGUAAUUUACUACACACAUAUACACACUUCAUAACAGCGAUAAUCAAUAGAGAGGCACACCGUUUUUGCUGCCAUAGCUAAGUUGACAAAAGAACUAGAGAACUACAUUAAAGAACUACAAUUAGCAAUAUUACAAUAGUAAUAACAACAAACUUCAAUCAAUAAAUAAUAUGACAAAAAAUGGAAACAUAGCGAAAGGUUGAAGCCGAUAAGAAAGCUAAUACAAUAUUAUAUUGAAGAAGUGGACUUUUGAAUAAAAGCAGCAACAACUAUAAUAGACUUUAUAAAAAAUGGUAAGAAAGAAAUGGAUAUUUGAAAUGUGUCGUUAAAAGUGUUGUAUUAGAUACCAACAAGGCGAUGUACCUUACAACAUUGCGUUCGAAAGUAAAAUUCAGCUAUACAAACUGUCUUUCGCGUUUGCGUAAAGAACAGCUAAUAAACGGAAUUAGAAUGUAAGAGAGACAACACAGCAACAAUAAUAUGAUCCCAAUUAUCAUUGCAGAUCUUAGCUAUCUAAGUGUAAUUACCACAAUAAAAAUACAAAAAUGCAUACUUAUACCAUUAUAUGUUAAAUGCUGUUAAAAGGACCACACAACAAUAAACAAAUUAAUAUGAGAAAUAUGAGCAUACAAGCAAAAACAAAAGAAAAUCACUCAACUGAAGAAAAAAUUAACGAGUAAAAGUAAAAUUAGUUAUAACAAUUAAACUGAACGUUUAUAUUAUAAUGUAUGUAUUAAAUAAGCGUUAAUAAUAUUAAUUAUAACGAUAAUAAUAAUAAUGAGCACUGUAACGGGAGAACAGGAAUUUUGUAGUGGCGCACAUAUACUGAGGCAUAUAGCCUAAACUGCUUAAUCUAGUUGAUGUUUUUUUAAUUAUAAUAUUUAUAUGUAACGUCAUUUGUGAAUCCAAAUCCAGACGCACAUUACAAAGUGGAGUAGAAGCGCAGUCAAAAGGAUGUACACGCCAAUUGUAACGUCAUUUGAAUGCUAAUGCUGGAUUAAAGCGCUGCUUAUAAUAUUAUCCGCAUUUGUGUACAAUAAAAUAAACUAUUUAUAUAUUACUUUUACUCAAAGCCGCAUUCGAAAAGCUAGAAUAGGCAAAUAUAGAAAAGUAAACGCUUACAUUUUUAAAUUAAAAAAUAAAACAGAACCGUGUGGCAGUUAUCAAAUUUUAAUGGGAAAUUUUGAUUUUAACUGACUUGUCGAGCUCGAGAUCCCCUGUAUUAGUUUUUAUUUUAAAUAGUUUUUGCACAAACAAGCCGGUAUAAGAUAUGAACAAAUUAAAUUCUAAAUUUAACAAUUUAAAAGUUUCGUUCACAAGUAUGUGGUGACACUUUAGACCAUAAGUAAGUACUAUUUACAAUAUAGUAGAAUGCUGCUAAUGCGGCGUUUUCUGAUAAACUCCAUAACCAAAAUAUCGUUUAUUCAGUAGUGCAUAAAAAUCACUGUUGUUGUUGUUGUAGCAGCAUAAACAUUACGCAUACAUAUAUAUACACGGUGUGUGCUGCUCAAGUGACAGUCCUUGACCAAAUAUAGUUUCGGGUCGUUCCGGUUACGUAGAACCAACUGUCGUGGGAACGCAUAAAAUCCCUUGUUGUUUUUGUAGCAGCAUAAACAUUCCCCAUAUUUACAUACGGGGAAUGCUGCUGAAGUGACAGUCCUUGGCCGGAUAUAAAUCCGGGUCGUUUCGGUAAGGUAGAACCGACUGUCGUGGAAACGGUUGUUGCUGUAGCAGCAUAAACAUUCUCCAUAUUUACAUACGGGGAGUGCUGGAGUGACAGUCAAAUUCACUCUUUCUUAAUGCUGAAAAGUAAUCGUUUUAAUGAAAUACUUUGUAAAAUUCGUAUAUCCCUUAUGUGUGCGCCACUCUAUUCGACUGUGCUGCUUUCCCCUUUUAGUUAUUUAAUUAUUAUCUAUAAUAUUAGCUGAUUUUUGUUUUUUACUCGCAUAGGUGUCUGCGCCUAAAUUUUGUAUGGGGUGUUCAGCACAUAGUUUAAUCGCAGAUACAAAUGCUCGUAAAAAAGAAAACACAGCUAUUAGUAAUGUUCUUAAGGCAAUAUAGACAUAUACGAAAAUUGCAUAUACAUACAUAUGUAUGUAUAACUACAUAAACGAAUCACACAAAAAAUGGUAAGCAAUAUAAGCAUGGGGAGCCAACGACCACAACCUAAAUAAAAAUACCAAGUAGCAUAGAUUAUAAACAGCCUAAGAAUGUAAUAAAUUAAUAGCAAAGAUUUCAUGCACCCAAGCAAAAAACUAAUACAUAAUAAAUCAAAAAGGACUUGAAACCUAAAUACAUUCAUGCAGUAAAGUAAAACAGUUUUAAUUUGUAAGCGAUUUUACGUAUAUGGGAAUAUGCAUACGUACGUACACACAUACAUAAAUAUACAUAUAAAGAAAAUUUUUAAUUACGUAACUAAGAGAAUGAUAAUAAAAUAAUUUUAUGUAAUA